AUGCGGUAUUCGCGAAGAGAAGCACAACACGCAGGCUCGUGGUACCAGAGUGACACCGAAAGGCUUAGCCAGGCGCUGGAACAGUGGCUGAGACGUGUUCCAUCGCAGCUGACGCCUCUAAGGCCAGCCGAUGACGCGAUACUGUUUCGGAACCUGUGGGGUAAACGGGACCACUUUCUGGAUGACAGCAAUGUCGAAGCAUCGCUCUCCUCUGAGCAAAAUCCGCAACAAGUUCAGACCCAGACACAAGUUCAAGGCCGCGGAACCCUCGAGAUCCUGGUGGUGCCGCACGCUGGUUACGCUUACUCGGGUGAAACCGCUGCAUUCGCCUACGCUCAAGUGGAUCCAGCGCGCUUUGAUCGUGUGGUGAUUAUCGGGCCCUCACACCACGUGUACAUGCAGAAGUGCGGCUUAUCGGGAGCGGAGCGGUUGGCGACUCCCCUGGGCGACUUGCUGGUAGACACCGCACUGGUCCAAUCUUGGAGUCAGCUCUAUCCGGAGCUUUUCGAGAUACUGUCCAAGAGUACUGACGAGGACGAGCACUCAAUUGAAAUGCAGCUACCCUUCUUGGCGAAGGUGUUUCAGGGACGCUUACAACAGGUUCGCUUUGUGCCGAUCAUGUGUGGAGCGUUGUCGCCAUCCAAGGAGAAGGCAUGCGGGCGUUUCUGCGCAGAGCAGGUGUUGCAGCCCCGGACACUGCUCGUGGUAUCUACCGACUUUUGUCACUGGGGUCAACGUUUUGGUUAUACACCCGGCUGCAAGGACAAACUUGCUCAAGAACGCCAACGCCUUGGUGUAGGCCUCUCCGACUAUAUUCGUGCGCUCGACUCGAUGGGCAUGUACUUGAUUUCCCUGAAAGAUGCCGAGGGCUUCCGCGCUUACCUCCAGAAGACUGGCAAUACGAUCUGCGGCAGACAUCCUCUGGCGGUGAUGCUCUGGGCAGUGCAUUUCGCGGAACCUUCUGCCUGGCGACUUGUGUUCCUGCGAUAUGCGCAGUCCUCAGCUUGUGUGGAUGCGCACGAUAGCUCCGUGAGCUAUGUGGCUGGCGCUGGCUACAGGGUUUACGAAGAACCCAGAGAGACGAAAUCCCUGAGGUAG